AUGGACAUCGAUGAGAUAGAACGCGUCGAGAAGUAUUGGUUCGGCGACCAUGCUACCUGGAGUCACGAGCAGCUGCUAAGGCUCGUGGUCUAUGGCACCAGAACAUCUCCUCCUCCGAUGACAAUGGAAGAACUCGGUCUUCUUCAUACCCCCUCCCACAGAUGGGCUGAGGGCCCAACGAAGAUCAAAGAUACGUCGUGUCAAGAUGCUCUCUCACCUCUAUUUGGAGCUCCCUACAAGGGUACUGAUCUCAGCGUCCCGCCGUAUGCACAAUUCCCGGCAAGACUGUUGCCGCUCCAAGCCAAGUUGUGGCAAGGCAUGGCUCCGAUGAAUCGCAACCGCUGGCUGCAAAGACAGAUGGGUGAUCCGGCCAAUUACCGAAAUCUCAUGGAGCUGAUAAAUGACAUUCUGGCUAUUUUCAAAUGGUGGAAUGAAGAAUCGGUACAACAUCGCAUGCGUGCUGGGUUCAACUUCCUGGUCGACAAGCACGUUGAGUUCGCAGCACCUGUCAAUGAUCGUCGCGAGAAGAACGGAGUUCCGCAAAAACUCGAUCUCGCAGCCAUGUGGGCAGAGUACUUCUAUGCCCGAAUCUCAGCCAUGUCGGAGCGGACGCAUCAGUGGCUAGUAGACCGGGUCGACGAAGUGCAAAGCCGCGCAUUUGCAGAGUACACUGUUACGCUCGAAAGCGCCGGUGACGAUCAACAGGCUGUUGGGGCUGCAGGGAAAAAACUUUACGAGUGUGUGCAGGACCUCAACGCCAUGAUAACGAAGGUAGAUUACACUCUGGGUAUACCGAUGACAGGCUUCAAGGGCCACAAGGCAUCAAGCAACGCCUCUGUCCUAUCUUUGGAUAUUCGUGACGACCUCUACCAGAAGCUAGCGGCCACAAAAUCGUGGACGCACAUGGAGAAAAUGUUGAAAGCGCAGGAUGCGGAAGCUGCAACCGAGCAAAAGCCACCGAAAGAUAUAUCAGAGCUCGUUGCGCAAAUGAAGAAAGGCCCUCAACCAGCAGCACCAAGAUUUCAAGACCAGGAAACUCUGAUCGCGCACUAUCAUGAAGGUCGUCGCAACCGCGCUGAGAUUCGCAGCGCCCUUCGCGGUGCACCUGCACCCCCGGCUGAUGAGCAAUGGAUCGCCAUCCUAAAAGGACGCAUGGACUUCUAUAUCGCAAACGGCCGUGAUCCCAAAACCCAUCAAUGGGGUUUCGUCUGCUACCGCCUCACGUAUAACCAGACUGACACUGAAUGGGCAGAUUUCAUGGCCAAACUCCGCGCCGACAUGGACAACUCCAGAAGUGGGGAGUGGAUCCAAGGCUUCGACAGCAUCGCAGAUAGGGCUGGCCUCGAGAUGUACGAUGGCCGGGAUUUGGGCAUUGCAGAAGGAGAUAUCGAAGCCGCGAAAAAGCAUUUCAAAGAGACGUAUACCAUGCUACCGACACUGGGCCGUAUGUGGGCGCAAGACUUCCUCGUCAUCGACGCACAGUCCUAUUCAUCCUACGCGCAUCCGGAGCCAGAAAUCGAGCGUCCGCCAGUACCCUUCGGGCCGUGUUUCGGCGACAAAGGAGGAUUCGUGAGACUGGUGGAUACAAUCGAGUAUCCGGCAGGCAUGCUGGAUGCGAUGUCGCCAGGGUACCAGGGCGAGCUCAAGGUGCUGUCGAGCUUGGUGUUUACUGAGGUAUACCCGCUGCUGGCGACGUUUGCGUUGAGGCCGACGAGCUUGUGGCCGCUGGCGAGGCUGCAUCCGAGGGAGGUGUAUGUAGGGAACACGAUUGACUCGCAGGAGGCGUGGUGGGAAUUUUGCCGGAUUGAUAUGGUGGCGAUGAUGGAUGGGAUUUUUGCAGAUUUGAGGAAGAAGAAGGCUGCUUUGCGAGAGAAAUAG